AUUUAGUAUAAAUUGAGAACGUUGGAGAUGAGAUUUCAUCUUCCCUCCUGAUCGCAGAAAUAUCAAGUCUUCUCUUAUUUGUCAGAUAUAAUCUGAAAGGAAUCCAUCAACCACAAUGGCCAAGGCUCUGUUCUUCGUUCUUGCUUGCGCCCUCAUCGUCGCCGCCCUCGCCGACUACGAAAUGAACGACGACACCCUAGAGUUCUUCGAGACCGAGAAGAGGGGUAUGGGAAGGAACCUCAAGAAAUACAAGUACUGUCAACAGUACAACAUGGAUUGUUGGUGUAACAGGCGUAACAACAAGGUCGUCUUCUGUAACGGAGCCGGAGACGGAAACGGAAUCUAAAGGCUUAACCACGAUACUCGUUUCCGAUGAUAUGACAUCAGGCGUACCUCCGAUACUUCAAACUUGCAUCCCUUCUCCAACGACGUCAAUUUCAUCACUCCACUCUUAUACCUCAGGUUAAUCAUGAUGAUAUAGAGAAAUGUUUUAAGAAGACACUCCAUAAAUAACUCUGUUUUCUCCAACUCUAUUUAAAAACUUGCUAAUACUCAAUAAAUGCA